UAGAGGGGAACAGCGCGCGGUGCUGAGAAAUCUCUCCACUCACUCUCUCACAUGCAUAGAAAUGCAGGAUUAACCCUGUGCGGAGACGAACCUUGUGCCAAAACUACGUUGAUAGUCUACUUCUGAGGAAAGCGAAGGGGAGAAACCCGAAUCCAUACGUUCUACCAUGUACUGUUACAUUUUUACAUUAUUUCCGGCAGAUUAUGGUAUCAUUCCGUAAAGAAUAACGAGGAGCACUAUCACAUUUUGUGAGAAGCUGCACUCUCCUAAAACGAGUGUUUGAGGAUUUAUGGACUGAAACGGGGGAAGCUCGGUUUAGAAGCGUUUCUGUGUUGAGAAACAACAGCAAAGACAUUUGAACAGCCAUCAUUUCUCAUUCAUCAACACUUAAAUGAGUGCCGACGUUAUCAAACUGACGCGGAGUCGUGGGAAUGGCGUGGAAAAUAGCGCGGCUACUUAUGGAUUGUUUUCCAACGGAAGGAUUUGAUGUUUUCUUGAUGUGUGGAUUCUUUAAAUCAGGUGUUUAGGGGUCCGUGUAAUCUCGAAGGAAACAUCAGCUGUAGUUGAUCCUCAGACGAGAAGCCUCGGUCUUGGCAGGAAAAUAAAAAGUGAUCGACGAAGACUGAGGUGUUACCUCUCAGAGGGCCCAUGGAUCUCCCUGUGGUGUUGUUUCUGCUGUGGGGACUGUUACUGGACUUGCUGAGUGGUGCGGUGGGUGGCAUUCUAUACCGCGUCCAUGAGGAACAGCCUCCGAGCACACUGAUUGGCAGUCUGGCAGCUGACCAGGGGCUACCAGACACUGGACACCUGUACAAACUGGAGGUGGGCGCUCCCUAUCUGCGGGUGGAUGGCAAAACUGGAGAUAUCUUUACCACUGAGAUCCCUAUAGACAGAGAGACAUUGAAGGAUUGUCGUAAUAAAGGCAAGCCCUGCUUUCUGGAGUUUGAAGUGUCCGUCACAGACCUUAUUCAAAAUCAGAGUCCACGGCUGAUAGAGGGAAGGAUUGAAGUGCAGGAUAUCAAUGAUAACACACCACAAUUCCCCUCACCUGUCCUUACCCUAUCAGUUCCAGAGAACACCCACAUGGGGUCACUCUUUUCAAUUCCACUGGCCACUGACAAAGAUACAGAGAGGAAUGGAGUAGCUGACUACACCUUAACGGCAGGACCAGAGGCUGUAGCACUCUUUGGUCUGCAAGUUGCAGAGGACCGAGGUGAAAAAUUGCCUCAACUCAUUGUGUUGGGAAGUCUUGAUCGAGAGCUAAAAGACUCCUAUGACCUCACCAUCAAAGCUGUGGAUGGAGGCAAUCCACCUCGCUACAGCAGUGCCUUGCUGAGGGUUGUCAUUGCUGAUGCCAACGACAAUGCACCCACAUUUGAAAAAUCCUCCUACGAAGCAGAGGUUGCAGAGAACAGCCCAAUCGGACACUCCGUGUUACAGGUGAGGGCUAAUGAUUCAGACAUGGGUCCUAAUGGCGAGAUUGAAUACACAUUACAUCAGGCAAUUGAUCCUGUGCCAAAACUGCUCCGGAUAGACCGCUCAUCAGGCAUCAUAUAUGUCAAAGGCCCGUUGGAUCGUGAGGAGAUCAACAAUUUGAAAUUUUACGUCGUUGCACGAGACAAAGGUCCCUCACCCAAAAGUUCUAAAACGUAUGUUUCUAUUGAUGUGACGGACCAGAAUGACAAUGCACCAGCAGUGGAGAUUCGAGGCAUUGGUCUUGUGACCCAUAGUGAUGGAGUAGCAAACAUUUCAGAGGAUAUGCCAGUUGGUACAGCAGUGGCAUUGGUACAGGUUUCAGACAAGGACGAGGGAGAGAAUGCCGUGGUGACCUGUGUGGUUGCAGGUGAUGUUCCUUUCCAGCUUCGGCCAGCCAGUGAUUCAUCAGUUGACAACAAGAGGAAGUACUUUCUGCAGACCACAACACCCCUGGACUAUGAAAGAGUUAGGGACUACCGGGUGGAGAUAGUGGCAGUGGAUUCAGGCAAUCCAGCUCUGUCCAGCACUAACUCGCUGAAAGUCCAAGUCACUGACACAAAUGACAAUUCCCCCAUUUUCUCACCAACCCUGUUUGAAGUUGAGUUUGCUGAGGAGAACCAACCAGGAGAAAAGGUGGUAGAUGUAGUUGCCUCAGAUGCAGACAGUGGCACUAAUGCAGAGCUUGUCUACAGCAUUAUUGCGGACUCUUCAACAAGGGGGCUUUUUGAGAUUGACCCCAGCUCAGGCGAAGUACGUGCUCGAAGCCCUCUCGAUCGCGAGCACAAGGAGCGCUAUGAGUUCCGUGUUACUGCAGCUGAUAAAGGGGUUCCGAGUCACAGGGGUACUGCCACAGUUGUAAUCAAAGUACUUGAUCGGAAUGACAACGAUCCUAAGUUCAUGCUGAGUGGCUACAGCUUCUCAGUCUUGGAGAACAUGCCACCUCUUAGCCCUGUUGGUAUGGUAACAGUACAGGACAUGGACGAGGGAGAGAAUGCUCAAGUGCAACUUUCUGUGGAACCUGAUGUGGGCAAAUUUGUGAUCCAGAAUGGUACUGGCACUAUUCUGUCCAGUAUUUCAUUUGACAGAGAGAAAGAGAGCAGUUACACAUUCCGGUUGAAAGCUGUAGAUGGAGGGGAUCCACCCAGGUCCUCCUACGUUGGAGUGACCAUCAAUGUUCUCGAUGAGAAUGAUAAUGCACCGGUUGUCACUAAACCAUCUAACUCAUCCUUUAUGCGUCUUUCUCCCAUGGCUGCUCCAGACAGUGUUGUAGAAGUGGUGGAAGCAGAGGACAUUGAUUCUGGUUCCAAUGCUGAGCUAGUAUACAGCAUUGCUGGGGGAAAUCCACAUGACCUUUUUUACAUCUCUCCAUCUAAUGGCGAGAUCACACUAACAAAGGAACUAACUCGAAAACAUAGUGGUCUGCAUCGACUGGUGGUAAAAGUGAGUGACAGAGGCAAACCAUCCCGCCAUGCCAUUGCCUUGGUACACAUUUACGUAAAUGAAACCAUUGCUAAUGUAAGUCAUGUGGAGGCACUUGUGGGGCAUAGCUUGUACACCCCACUGGACAUGGACAUUGCAGGUGACCCAGAUUAUGGUUUGGCUGCCCAGAGAAGCAACAUAGUAUAUGGCAGUUUAGCAGGAGUGGCGGGAGUUGUCACUGUGAUUGUUGUGGUGGUCUUCAUCAGGCAUCGCCUUCAAAGAGAAGCAAAGAGUGGUUAUCAGGCUGGUAAGAAGGAGACCAAAGAUUUGUAUGCCCCCAAGCAAGGGCCAAAAAGUGGCAAGGGGAGAAAGGGUAAAAAAGGUAAGCCACCAAAGUCACCUAAACCUCUUGGAGAGGAUGAGGAAGUCAGCCUUCAAAAGAGUCUGAAAUUUAACCUUGAUGGGGUCAACGACAGCCCCAGGAUCCAUUUGCCUCUGACAUAUCCGCCUGGAAGCCCUGACCUAGGCAGGCACUACCGUUCCAAUUCCCCAUUGCCCUCCAUCCAGCUCCAGGCCCAGUCCCCAUCUGCCUCCCAAAAGCAUCAGGCUGUCCAGGAGCUCCCUGCUGCCAACACCUUUGUGGGAACAGGUGGUGAUGACAACUCCACCGGCUCAGACCAGUACUCGGAUUACAGCUACAAGACCAAUCCACCAAAAUACAGCACAAAAACGCUCCCGCAUCGCAGAGUGACGUUCUCCACAGCCAAUCCCGUGCAAGAUCAGCACGACUCCUCUCAGCAAAGUUACUAUGACAGUGGCUUGGAGGAGUCCGAGACCCCCAGCAGCAAGAGUUCUUCAGGACCCCGUAUCGGCCCCCUCGCCCUGCCUGAGGACCACUACGAACGGACCACCCCUGAUGGCAGCAUCGGAGAGAUGGAGCACCCAGAAACUGAUAUUCGCUCAUUGCCUGACGUUGCCAUGACGGGAAACUGCAGCCAGGAGUGCAGCGAGCUUGGUCACUCAGAUGCCUGUUGGAUGCCCGGUCAGCCUUCGCCCGUCCGCAAGACACGCAACCCCCCUAAACUGUCCACGUUUGUGCCUUAUCAGGAGAGGGGGAGCCUGGGACGCCUGGCCAAUGGGAGCGUGAGGUUGGGAGGAGAGGAGCACAGGCCACGCCUCCCACCUUCCCGUAGUGCCUACUCCAGUAGUGACCACACCCCCAGUGACCACGCCCCACUAGAGGAGGUGCCUCUGAGGGUGACAUCAGAGUUCCCGCCUACCAGCCCCCCCUCCAAUCACGCUUCGAAAAGAGAGAUAUACCUGUGAGAUAACCACACCCACCAUCUGUGAUUGACACACAUCAGAAGUUACAGAGACACGGUUGCGAAAAGAGAACAUCGGAUCUGCGACAGGAUAAAAUAUCAAUUGAAUAGUGGAAAAAUACGCUAUUGUCAUCAGAGUAGAUUUAUUUAUUUUAUUUAUUUAUUCAUUCAUGCAUCUAUUUAUUAUCACUUUUAACACGUUAUUUCUUUUGUAACUCUUUGUGCUGUUUUUUUUUUUGUUUUUUUUUG